GAAGCCGCGGAAUGGAGGGCGGGCGGGCUCCGCCGUGGGAGGCGCGGCUGGCGGAAGCCGAAGCGGGCCGGGCCCAGUACCGCGAGGCCGCCCGGCUGCUGGCCCGGCGCAACGCCGAGCUGCUGUGCCGGCAGCGGCGCUCGGAGAGGGAGGCGGCGGCCGUGCUGGCGCUGCUCACGGAGCAGGGCCGGGAGAGGGCGGCGGAGACUGAGAAACUGAAGAAGGAGCUGAUUGAUUUGAAAGAGCGAACACAAGAAGAGAACAGAAAACUGGAAGACUAUUAUACCCAACAAAUAAAAGAAUUGGAAGAGAAAUUUCGGAAAAAAGUUGGAGAAAUCAGCCAAAUUCAAGUAGAAUUGAAUUUAAUAAAGGAAUUCCGCAGGGAGAAAGCAGCUAUGGAGAAAGAGCUGGAAGAUUUAAAGAAGAAUAUCAAGAUCUCAAACAGGAGACAUCAGGAAGAGGUUGUGCGACUGGAGAGGAAGUUUCUUGAAGAGAAGAAAAGACUAGAAGAAGAUGCUGAGAAGAAGCUAAUGAUGACAAGAGAGGCUGCUCGACAUGAAGCUGUUUUGCAGCUGAAUGGCAUUGAGAGACAGGUUUUUAAAGAGAACAUUCAUCUUCAUGGUGCUUCAUCUUACCACCUGAAGGAGGCAACGGAGUUGCAGAAAAUGAAACAGAAGUUAGAGGAGGAUAAAAUUCUUCUCUUACAGGAAAAGGAAAUCACUGAGAGUUUGAUUAGAAAAAAGAUGCUACAGAUCAACAAGCAGAAAGCACAGAUAGGAGAUCUGCAACAUAAAGUGGAAAAACUGGAGAUGGCCUUAUGUCACAAGACUAAAGAAUCUGAGACAAAGACUCAAAAAACACAGCAUCAGGCACUGAUAGAAAACCAGGCUAGCAUGGUCGAGAUCAAGAAACUGCAGUACCUGCUAGAAAUGAAGGAUCAGGAGAUGAACCGAGUGAAGAAACUAGCUUGGAAUAUCUUAAAUGAGAGGACUGAAGUGGAAAGGUUCUUCCUGGAUGCUCUGGAACAUGUGAAGCGGGAGAUCAUAGCCAGUAGAAAACACUAUAAGGAAAUGGCCCAAGCUGUUUAUUACAGGAAAAUGAUGGAGGCAUGUGCAGGGAAAGAAGAAUUUCCCAAAAUCAAAACAUUUAAUAGCAACGUGAACAGCACAAAUAGUGUGUACAGAGACCUAGAAGAAGCAGAGAAAUGCUACUGGGAAAAUACCCAGUUUAAAAAAGUAGAUAUCAGUGAGUUGACGUGGGAACAAAAAGAGCGUGUCCUGAGAUUACUUUUUGCCAAAAUGAAUGACACAAAUCUAUGGAAAUACAGGAGAGACCUGGCUACUUCAACUCCAGCUCCUGCUGAUGCUAAAGAAGAAAGCAUAGCUGGCACAGAGAAUAUUUCUUCCAACCAGAUAUUCAUUACACAGCAGGCUGAAUUAUGAGUCAUCAUCUUCUGCAGUAAUCCUUAUGUGUAUCCAGAUGUUAACACUACAGAUAGAGUAAGGCAGCAGUACACAUGGCAUCAACAAGAACAACUUCCACAGCACUUAUGGACUCAUCUGGAAUUUUCACUUUGGGAGUUAGCUUGUGAGCAAAACUGCAUUUCUACAUCUCUUAUCUGUUAUGCUGCUGCUUUGACUGCAUAUUUGCAAUUCAUCUAACUAUUUUCUUUCCCCUUACAAUGAAGACUUGAUUUUUUUGCAAAGCUGGGAGCUAGGAUGACCCUGAAUGCAGCUCUAGGAUGGUAACUUAAGAUGCAUUUUCAGUUUGCAAUAAAGUCAAGUGUAUGGAGCUUAAGAGCUUUUGUGAUCACGUAAUAGAUAUGUGGAAAUAGAACCAAGGCAUUCCUUGGAAUGCUGUAUAAGGAAAUUACUACAGAAGUUCUUGAAAUGCUGUUUUGUUGCUUUUUUUUAAAAAAAAGGAUUUAUACGGGGGUUACAAAAAAAAAUUGAUAUACCAGCCUCUGCAAAGAGGGUAAUAUAGUCAACAGAACACCUAUAGAACAUCUCAUCAAGGAGCAAUCACUUUCUGCAGUGAUCAGCAAAUUUUUAAUUCAUAAUCAAAUUGCAAGGUGAGAGUUUUCCCUCUAGAGUAUAGCAGAAGAAAAAAAAAAAACCUACAAAAAUAAGAUACAAACAUUAGUGGAUCAAUAGCAGUUACUCUAAUACAUAACCAUGUGUUACAUUGUAUCUUUAUCAGAAGGCAGGAUACAGAGUCUUUACAUUCAGAUUCUUUUUUUAAUCAGAACAAGUAAUGAUUACAAUCAUUAGAAUAGUAUUAUUUUCCAUGGGUACUUGAUGAAGUCCCUGCAGACUGUUCCAGGAAGCAAGGAUAAAAAUAUAGGCUAUCCAGCUCCAAAUGCACAUAUAAGAACAGGGUAUAGCAAGACUUACCCAUCUCUAACACUGGGACCUGCAGUCCCUAGAGGACAUGACUGUGUUUGAGCAAAUGUGACAAAGAGUUGAUCAAACAGAAGAAAAAAAAAAAUUAGGAAAA